AUGCGGUUGCUGCUUCCAUCCUAUGUCAGGUCAGCUGAGCUGAAGCAGGCUCCCGCGGACCCAUCCGAAGGCUGCAAGGAUUUGCUGUCGGGAGCAUCUGGUGCUCGCAUGGAGAAGUUCUUGGCAAUUUCUCGCAAGCGGCAGAGAGGUCUGGUCGUGGUGUUGGAAGAUCCUGACAGGCUAGAUGCAGCAGCAAUCCUUCGAGGUUGCGACGCUUUUGGAGUCUCAGAAGUGCACUUCAUCUUCGAGGCCACCAAGGCCUUCGAUCCUCUGGCGAACCGCCAGGUAAUGAAGUCCGAAGGUUCCAACCUUUGGGUCUGUAGUCGGGUCUUCGAGUCUGUCGGAGACUGCCUCCACCAUCUAGACCGAAGAGGCUUUACUAGAGUAGGUAUAGCCCAGACGCAUCAUGUAGGUGCAGUGAAUUUCUUUAGUGCCCCGGCUUUUUGCGAAGAGAAGCUGGCACUCUGGCUGAGCUGUAACAGCUCUCAUCUUAAUGAUCAGGUCGUAAGCAGCAGUGUUUACGUCCCGGCUCCUGCCAAAGUUGCAGGGCUGGCCAUCUCAAAUUUGGUGGCUGCGGUUCUGGCCGAGGUCACACGCUGUCGCAGGGCCACAUGUCCCUCAGGACAUUGGUCCUUCAGCCGCGAAGAGCAGAGGGCAUAUGUCCAGUGGUGCGUUGCAAUUCAUACGAAGCGCCACCCCACACUGCAGCAGGCUUCUCAAGAGUCUUCCUUGAGCCCUGAGUAUGAACGCUUGGGUCGCUUAAGGGCUGAGCUUGCAAGACAAGGAUGGUGA